AUGUGCUACCAAACCAAGACCGUCGAGGUCUGCGACAGAUGCAGUGGCACCAGCAUUGGUAGCUAUGGGCCCAUCACGCCAUGCGGUCGGCGUGGACGGGGCCCUUUGACCCAGAUUGAUGACAACACAGAAGAGCCAUGCUAUGGAGUUGAGGUUGAUGAAGAGGAAGUUUCUAUCGAUUUGUGUCAUAACUGCCGUAUCUUGGAAGAGCUGGAGGCUCGAGAGCGUGAGCGACAGCAGGACAAUGAUACCGAUGAUGAAGACAUGGAAGAGGUCUAUAUUCCCUAG